CCAGAAUUGUAACGAAUUGCAUAUUUUAGAAAAAACAAACUGAACUUGUAGCAGAUAGGUGGUAUCUACUGACUGUAUUUAUAAAUAUUGUUUGAGGUUAUGUGACAUUGUACGAUGGUCGACGUAUAUACAUAUAUAUAUGUGCUAAGAUUUGUAUCAGUUCUUUUCGUCGAAACGAAUCGAUAAACAAUAGUAAGGUUAUAAAUCAUGACAACAAAACUAACGUUUGUGAAAUACAGACAAAUGCGAUGGUAUUCGACAAAAGAAAAAAUGAGAGUCGUAGAUACCGUAAAUGAGCAACUUACAAAUGAGGAACUCAAACACAGACAUCAUCCAGGUAAAUUGAGACUUUCAUACGUACAGCAACCCAGUUGGCUAUUAGAUACGAUUCUAGAUCUUUUAAAAGAUGGAAAAAUAUCACACAAAUCAGUUUGGGAAAGUGGAAAAAAAUUGGGAUCUUAUCUACACGAACGUCAUAUUCCAUUCGAAAGUGUAGAUAUUUCUAUAAAACUUAACGAAGUUCGAUCACGCACUAAAAUGUAUACUGAAACCAAAGAAGAUCUAUUGAAAAAUCCAAAGGCUUUAAAGCUUUUCAAGCAACUUGUUUAUAAUUGGCAACCAGUUGAAUAUGACAAAUACACAUCUUUGUCAUAUUUAGUUAACAGAAGUGUACCUGAGUAUUCUGUUUUAUGUAGAAUUAUGAAUGAAAUUAACAGCAAUGAUACAAAUUUUACACCAAAAACAUUAUUCGAUUUUGGCUCUGGUAUUGGAACAGUUAUGUGGGCGGCAUCUCAAUUUUGGUUAAAGUCUAUUUACGAAUAUUACUGUAUAGAUACUUCUGGACACAUGAACAAUUUAUCCGAAUAUCUCACGAAAAAGGCUAAGCCACAAAUCCCCUUUAAAAACAUUUUCUAUCGACAGUUUCUUCCGGCAUCGCCAACUCCAACCUAUGAUAUUGUAGUAAGCGCAUAUUCAUUAUUCGAAUUACCAGAUCAAAAAUCUCGUCUUGAAGUAAUUGCAAAACUGUGGGAAAAAACUGAAAAUUAUUUAAUAAUUGUGGAACAAGGUACAAGAGCAGGAUUUACAAUAAUCAACGAAGCUCGAGAUUUCAUACUCAAUUAUACAAAGCAAACAUCUGGAGCGCACGUAUUCUCACCUUGCCCGCAUGACCUGGCAUGUCCCAGAUACACAAAUGACAAUACUCCUUGCAAUUUUGAGGUUUCCUACCAAACAUUACGUAUUGCUACAUCGUCUAAGUACCUAAAAGAACGCUACUCAUACGUGGUACUUAAAAAAGGCGAACGUUCAGAAGAUGACUAUCAGUGGCCACGAAUUGUCAGACCAACAAUGAAACGUUCUAAACACGUUAUAUGUCGUUUGUGUACGAGUUCGGGCAAAUUAGAAGAGCAGAUUUUUACUACAUGGAAAAACGGAAAAAAUACGUAUCGUUGUUCAAGGGCCAGCAAGUGGGGCGAUUGCUUGCCAUUCAAGACAGAAGAAAAAAGCAACGAAGAACCGAAAUAAAAUACUAUGUACAUUCAUAAUUAACUGAAUAAAUCUGUAAUGAUUCGUUAUAUUAAAA